AUGGAUCCCAGAUCUCAUCCGUCGCGGCCCCCAUCCACCAGCUUACCCCAAGGCUCCACGCCUCUCCCGACUACUAUGAGUAUGCCAAUGCCUCAGUACACGAUGCAGCCUCAGUACCCCGUGUCCCAGCCUCAUACUCUCCCCCCGCUGCAGCCUCAUCACAGUCAAUCUCCUGCCCCUCACUCCUACAUGGGCCAGCCGCCGUACAGGCGGAUUUGUCGAGGUUUCCCACCUCUACUCACGAUGUUUACGCGUCGUCGACCGCUCCUAUCAUGCCUCACACCACCGUGGCGUGCUGCCUCCUGCCUCGAGCGCGCAGACAUAUCCGCAGCCGAUCGCGCGGCACCCCCGCGGGACCGGCGGCCGGACUAUUCUGGCAUGCCUUCCGGUGCUUUCAGCUACUCCGAUGGCAAGGGUUCUCCCUGGAUGAACCCGGAUCCUGUUGCGGGCGCAAACGGUGCCUCGCCCUACGGUGCAAAGGAGCCCCCUCGCACCCAGGUGGUUGGCUCUCAAGGCCGACGCGGAAUCCUCCCGAGCGUCCCGGGACGCGCCACGCCAGUCACCAACGGUGUCAAUGGUACAGCGAAGAACACCACAAUCCCGGCCAAGGAUGCCGAUGGAAAAUUCCCUUGCCCGCACUGCAACAAGACCUAUCUCCACGCCAAACAUUUGAAGCGCCAUUUGCUCAGACAUACCGGUGACCGCCCAUACAUGUGUGUUCUGUGCAAGGACACUUUCUCCCGUAGUGAUAUUCUGAAGCGCCACUUCCAGAAGUGUUCGUUGCGACGCGGUAACCCGACGGGAGCGACCCACUUGUCGCAUCCCCAGGCACAUUUGAAGAGGUCUCAAGCUGCGAAUCCUGCUAAACCGGUUCAGGAUGAAGUCAGUAGUACCGUCCCUCCUGCCACUGCCCUUCCGGGUACGGCUUACGGCGAGGGGGCCGUGAACGGUAACGGGCUGGCUUCAGGCCGACCUGGGUUCACGGAUCAGCAGCCUCUGGGCUUUUCGAUGUCGUCGGUCAAUGGGAUGAACCGUGGUCAACCGGACGACGCGUUCCCCGCUGGUCAGCCACAUCAGAGAGGCCCCUGGCUGGCGGCUCCCAAGCAGAACCCGUAUCUGGCGCAACCUGGCCCUGAUGUAUCUCAGCAGCUGAGUGUUGACCGUCCUUCCUAUGAACAGGUAAAACCCCCGGUGGUCCAAGACCCUAAGCGCCCAGUAAUGCCUGGGCCCACUCCCAAUCACACUGGCGAAAUUGACUGGACUUCGAUGUUUCAGCCCGGAGCGAAUGAUGGUUACAUCAACCCCGUUUUCCCCCAAUCCAUGGCAUCUGGCCAGGAGCCGAUCCAUGCUCACGUCGAUACCGAACGGAAAUUCUAUCCUACCACGACCGGUGGUCCCCAAGAAGGUGGCAUGAAUGGUCUUUACUUGGCUUCGACCACUUUGGCCGGUGAUGGUAAGUCGCUUGAAUCCUAA